UCGUCGUCGUCGUCGUCGUCGUCGUCGUCGUCGUCGUCGUCGUCGUCGUCGUCGUCGUCGUCGUCGUCGUCGUCGUCGUCGUCGUCGUCGUCGUCGUCGUCGUCGUCGUCGUCGUCGUCGUCGUCGUCGUCGUCGUCGUCGUCGUCGUCGUCGUCGUCGUCGUCGUCGUCGUCGUCGUCGUCGUCGUCGUCGUCGUCGUCGUCGUCGUCGUCGUCGUCGUCGUCGUCGUCGUCGUCGUCGUCGUCGUCGUCGUCGUCGUCGUCGUCGUCGUCGUCGUCGUCGUCGUCGUCGUCGUCGUCGUCGUCGUCGUCGUCGUCGUCGUCGUCGUCGUCGUCGUCGUCGUCGUCGUCGUCGUCGUCGUCGUCGUCGUCGUCGUCGUCGUCGUCGUCGUCGUCGUCGUCGUCGUCGUCGUCGUCGUCGUCGUCGUCGUCGUCGUCGUCGUCGUCGUCGUCGUCGUCGUCGUCGUCGUCGUCGUCGUCGUCGUCGUCGUCGUCGUCGUCGUCGUCGUCGUCGUCGUCGUCGUCGUCGUCGUCGUCGUCGUCGUCGUCGUCGUCGUCGUCGUCGUCGUCGUCGUCGUCGUCGUCGUCGUCGUCGUCGUCGUCGUCGUCGUCGUCGUCGUCGUCGUCGUCGUCGUCGUCGUCGUCGUCGUCGUCGUCGUCGUCGUCGUCGUCGUCGUCGUCGUCGUCGUCGUCGUCGUCGUCGUCGUCGUCGUCGUCGUCGUCGUCGUCGUCGUCGUCGUCGUCGUCGUCGUCGUCGUCGUCGUCGUCGUCGUCGUCGUCGUCGUCGUCGUCGUCGUCGUCGUCGUCGUCGUCGUCGUCGUCGUCGUCGUCGUCGUCGUCGUCGUCGUCGUCGUCGUCGUCGUCGUCGUCGUCGUCGUCGUCGUCGUCGUCGUCGUCGUCGUCGUCGUCGUCGUCGUCGUCGUCGUCGUCGUCGUCGUCGUCGUCGUCGUCGUCGUCGUCGUCGUCGUCGUCGUCGUCGUCGUCGUCGUCGUCGUCGUCGUCGUCGUCGUCGUCGUCG